CUUUAUCUCACUCGUUUGAACAUAAAUGCAAACUUUUCACAAUGUUUAUUUAGAGACCUCUCAAUAUUACUUCAUCUGUCGUAGGACCGCGUAACAUUUUCCUAACCCAUGCAAAUACACCAAACUGCAAUUAAUGAAAUAUUAAUUGAAGAAAAUGGUGACAUAAAGUACGCAUGUGCGAGUGGACUGUUCAUCAGCCAGUGAGUCCACAGGAGAGGAAGGCAGCGUGUCAGUGGAGCGUCAUCAAAGAAGACAUCAGCAGGGACGGAGAUUGUUGCUUCUUAGCGUGAGCAGCAUGUUGAAGGCAGUGUUUGGACAGAAGAAGCACCGAGCAGAGGACGCCAGGAGGCUGAGACACCCCAUGGAGGAGGCGCACACGUUGCAGAGGGCCGGUGCUGCUCGCUCCCCACACCGCCACCACAGCCGCCACGCAGGAAGUGGCGUGAGGCGGAAGAAACUGAGCAAGGGGGCGUCCGUUUCUCUGCCGUCCUCCCCUCUUCUCCCUCGCCGGGACCACGUGGCUCCAUCACCCGGGUGUGGCAAGUUCCCAGGACGGGCGAGGAAGUCGGAGUAUGUGGACGUCUCCUGCGACUCGGGAGGACCUCUCGCCUUCGCCUCGUGCCGCGGCGAGACAGACCCCAGAGACCUCCACGUGGAGCCCCAGCUGGGCCCCUCCUUUUCCAGCCAAGAACUGAUGACCAGACUAUGCUUCUUAUUGGGAGAAGCACCGCCCGGCACAGCUAGCUCUCCUAUGGAGGACAGCAGGGACAAGAGGGCCGAUACUCCGGCUCAGGGAGGGAGCCCCGUCUCCACGCUGACCUGCAGCACCGCCUCUCCGUGUUCCGAGAGCCCCUCUUCCACCUUGGUAUGCCAUCCUUUGCCCCUGCCUCCAGGAGCCCACUGUGGCUCCUGCCUCAGCCCCGCUCCAUGUUCUCCUGCUCGGGCCGUCAACCCCCCUCAAAGCCCCACCUCCACACCGGAGAGCAAGGACAGCGGCGUCGUAGCUGCCAUCAGCAGUUCUUCUGAGAGUGAGGAGCGCAGUGCAGACCUGCCUGUGGAUGAGGCCCCAGGGGCCAGUGCUGCUGUGGGCCACACAAGCCAGGACGGUCUUCCUGGGCUCACCAUCCAACCACAGGAGGCGUCACCCAGAGCUGAUAUUAAGGAGCUCCGGACACCGCCUGCACCCAAGAGACCCCUCCCACAGCACCACCUGCACACCACUUCCUCCUUCAUGACACCCCGUCCAAAUUCUGUGGCAGCCACGUGCUCCACAAGACUGGAGGACCUGACCCACUUGGACCACCAGAGGCUGGGCCGGCACGCAGGCUCCUCCGUACGCAAGAUGAACACACCUGGGCGCGCCAUUGAGGACUCCAAAGGGAAGCCAGGCGACAUCAUGCUGAAACCGCUGCUGUUCGAAGUUCCCGGCGCCGCCGCCGCCGCGGAGAAGUCUUUCGUGGGCCGGGAUUGGCUCUUCACGCGCCUGGAGGAGGUCUUGAGGAAAAGCGGCGACUGCGACGGGAGAGGCGCCGUCAUCGUGGGGAACGCGGGCUCCGGCAAGACCGCCAUCUUGUGGCGACUGGUGGCGCUCAGCUGCCACGGCGUGCACACGCAGCACGUCCCUCACAGCCCCUGCUGCUCUCCUAAAUGUGGGGACCGGCGGGGGAAAGCUGCCUCCAAACAAGCCGCCGACUCCCAGAUGGACACGGGUGCCGUCGCGGGAACGAGCGACGCCAGGAAGGAGGCUGUCAGGUGCCUGGCGAGCAAGGUGGUUGCCUACCACUUCUGCCAGGCGGACAACACCUACACCUGCCUGGUGCCAGAGUUUGUUCACAGUGUCGCCGCCCUGCUGGCCAGAGCGCCACAGCUGGCCUCCUACAGGGAGCUGCUGGUCCAGGAACCUCACCUGCAGAACACGCUCAGUCUGCGCUCCUGCGUCCAGGACCCCGUCGCUGCCUUCCGAAAAGGUGUCCUGGAGCCCCUGGGCAGCCUGCGCAAAGAGCGGAGGCUGCCUGAGGAAGACUACAUCAUCUUGGUGGACAGUCUCAACGAGGCAGAGUUCCACAAGCCCGACUACGGGGACACCAUCGCCACCUUCAUCACCAAGAUAGUCGCUCGAUUCCCGCUCUGGCUCAAGUUGGUGGUCACAGUGAGGACGGGCCUCGUGGAAAUUACCACCCUGCUCCCCUUCUCCGGCAUCUCCCUGGACAUCCUGCCCGACAGCAGCGAGCUGGGCGCCGACCUGAGCGACUACAUCCACCACCGGGUCGGCGGCAGCGCCCACAUCGCCGGCAACGUCACCACGCCCACAGGCUCCGCCCCCGACCCGCUGCUGCUCAGCAAGUUCAGCAGCCAGCUGACGACGCGCAGCAACGGCUCCGUCCUCUACCUUCAGCUGACCCUGGACCUGUUCCACCGGGGACACCUGGCGCUGAAAGGGGGGAGCUACCUGGUGGUGCCCGUGUCUCUGUCCGAGGUGUACCUGCUGAUGUGUCGAGUCACCUUCCCGGACCAGGCUGCCUUUGAGCAAGUGCUGCCGGUGCUGAACGUGGCGUUGGCCUCCCUGCACCCGCUGACUGAUGAGGUCAUGUUCCGGGCGCUGAACGCCGGCAGUGUGAAGGCAGACCUGGACUGGAAGGACUUCCAGCAGAGACUGGACAGGCUGGCCCAAUUCAUGGUGAGGCGCAGAGACGGCACACGCAUGCUGUGCCACCCGUCCUUCAGAGAGUGGUUGGUGUGGAGAGCUGAUGGAGAGAGCAGUGACUUCCUCUGUGAGCCGAGGAGCGGCCAUGCACUGCUGGCCUUCAUGUUCUCCAGGCAGGACGGCAAGUUGAACCGCCAGCAGACCAUGGAACUAGGACACCACAUCCUCAAGGCCCACAUCUUCAAGGGCCUGAGCAAGAAGACGGGCGUGUCCUCCAGCCUCCUGCAGGCCAUGUGGGUGAACUGCAGUACUGACAGUCUGUCUGCUGCCCUGGCCUCCCUCAGGAACCUCUACACCCCCAAUAUCAAGGUGAGUCGUCUGUUGAUGCUGGGCGGCGCUAACGUGGACUGGUGCACGGAGGUGGUAGGACACGCCCCCAUCCUGGCCGUCCACGCCCACCUGGGCCACGCGGAGAUGGUGGCUCUAUUGUUGGAGAUGGCGGCCGCAGUGGACGGGGCCGGCGAUAACGGCGUGACGCCGCUGUGCUUGGCGGCGGCGGCGGGACACGAUGACAUCAUCGGGCUGCUGUGCAGGAAGGGGGCCAAGGUGGGCGGGGCUGACAAGAGCGGCCAGUGUGCGCUGGUCCACGCUGCACUGAGGGGCCACGCUGACAUCAUCCACACCCUGCUGGGCCUCCACUGGGGCCCCCAGGAGCCCACUGACCCCCAGCAGGACACCACCGUGGACAAGAAGCAGGCGGUGCAGCAGGCGGUAACUGCUGCUGCCAGUGUGGGACACACCCAGGUGGUGAAGAGCUUGCUGGACAUGGAGGAGCAGCAGCUGGCCGUGCAGAUGGACGCUCACGACUCCCUCUGGGGAGAAACAGUGCUGAGUGCAGCGGCAGGGCGGGGCCGGGUGGAGGUGUGUGAGCUCCUCCUGGGCCGAGGGGCGGGGCUUGAGGUGCCAAACCGCCGGGGGAUGUUCCCCCUCCUCAGCGCGGCCAAACACGGACACGCGCAGGUGGUAGAGGUGCUGCUGGAGCACCACGCCCAGGUGGACCACGCGUGCGAGAAGCAGGGCCGCACGGCGCUCAUGCUGGCGUCCUCCGGGGGACACGUGGACACGGUGGAGCUGCUGCUGUCCAAAGGUGCCUCCGUGUGUGCCGUGGACCAGGAGGGUCUGAGUGCACUGAGCUGGGCCUGCAUGAAGACCCGGAGAGGCGUCCUGCAGCCUCUGGUGGACGCCGGGGCGGACGUGAACCGAGCUGACAAGCAGGGGCGCACUCCUCUAGACCUCGCCGCGCUCAAUGCGGACGCCGACGCGGUGCACUUCCUGCUAGAACAUGGAGGUGUGUUGGAGAGAAGUGACAAGAAUGGCAGCAGAGCAGCAGAACUCUCAGCUGGCUGCCAGAACCCUGCCCUGGUGGUCUCUCUGCUGAAGAAAGGAUCUAAGAUGGGAUACAAAACAUCCCCACACGACCGCUCAGGUCACGCCACCUGGGCCAUGGCGUCCACCAAGCCAGAUGUUCUCCUCAUCCUGCUGCAGAAGCUGAUGGAGGAAGGCAACCUGCUCUACAAGAAGGGACGCAUGAAGGAGGCGGCUCAGCGAUAUCAGUACGCUCUGAGGAAGAUGCCACGAGAGGGGGAGGAGCUUAAGGGACUGAAGGACCUGCGGGUGUCUCUCUACCUCAACCUGUCUCGCUGCAGAAGGAAGUCGAGUGACUUUGGCAUCGCUGAGGAGUUUGCGACGAAGGCUCUGGACUUGAGGCCCCGGUCCUACGAGGCCUACUACGCCCGGGCGCGAGCCAAGAGGAGCAGCAGGCACUUUGCCGAGGCGCUGGCGGACCUCCAGGAAGCUGCCAGACUGUCGCCCUCCAACCGGGAGAUCCGCCGGCUGCUGGUGCGGGUGGAGGAGGAGUGCAAACACCACCAGAGGCUGGCACACAACUACCAGGACCAGGUGGAGCAGUUCUCCCAGGGCAGUCUGGAGAGGACCAUCCCGGAGGAGCAAGAAGACCAGCACCAGGAGCCCAAAGGCUCGGACUUUUGGCCUCUGAAUCCUUACGGUCCAAACAGGACUCUUCCUGGAGGCGUGGCGGAUCAGGAGGAUUACGUUCAGAACCCGGUCUUCGUGGAUCUGCCGGAGCAGGUUCACAGGCAGACCAGCAGGACUCCUCACCACUGCCACUCCCUCCAGUUGGGGGGCGGCCGGGUGGGCGGCAGACCUCUCUCCUUGUGCGGACCCUCCAGUCCUCUGCCGGGGCGACACAUGUCCCUGAGGCCUGCGCCCGUUCUGACCCUGGACCUUGGUCCUGGAUGCACCACGGAAAGUUCCGGUCUCAGUCCCACCGAGCUGUACCGCCCCGUGUCGCCCGGCGGCUCCUCGCCGCCCUUUCAGGUCUACCAGCCUCGCUCCUCCAGCUUCUCCAGAGGCGCCGACAGACUCUCCGCCCACUCGGCGCCCCUCGACGGCCCGCCGCUCGCCGGCGGCUUGGCCGGCGGCGCGGGAACGUGCGGUUCCAGAGGUUCUAGCUCCAGUCAGGCCUCCAGCGGGAACCUCUCCGACAACGGGAAGCAGCAAGUCCCGGACCCGCCGUGUCCCCUCAAGAGCAGCGGAAGCUUCAAGUCGAAAGCCGAGAUGAAGCCCCGCCCCUUUAUGGGCGUGACGGACAAGGCGGUGCGCGUCCACGGCCAGCACCGCGGCGUGGAGACCUUCAACAUGGCGCUCCUGGACUACCCGGGGCCCAAGGAGGACUACCAGCAGCACUUGGGAGAGCGAGCUCACCAGCGAGCCGCCGUGUCGUCUAAGCUCCGCCUCCCCGAGGGCAGACUGCGGCAGGGCAGAGAGCAGGCCGCCGUGCACAUCAAGCCCAAGCGCUCCUUCAUCGAGUCCAACGUGUGAGGCGGACUGAAGCACAACUUGAAUGUUUCCAGCUGAGGAAGGAGUGCACUCACUUAAGCACACUCACCUUCAAGUGGCAGUACACUCUUCCAGGGGAACCUCCAUUCACAAACUCAAUUGGUGCCUGAACAGGGUUCAUAAACCCACAAGUGACGCAGAGAAAGAAACAAUGGAGAUAUCAAUAAUUGGUUCCAGCCUCCACAAAAGUGAGUUAAAAAGAAAAAUAUAUAUCAUUUUUGUAGUAUAUAUGUACACAUAUAUGUAUGUAGAUAUAAACAUAUGCAUAUAUAUAUAUACAUUUAUUUUUGUAUAUAUGUAUAUAUACAUGUAUAUGUAAAUAUAUACAUGUAUAUCUAUAUAAAUAUAUGUAUAUAUGUAUAAAUAUAUAUAGAGAGAGAAAUGUAUCACACCUGUUUAUCUAUUUUAUGGAAAAAUGUCGUUAUAUUAAAAUGUAGUUAUUAUUAGCAUAUAACUGCCACCCAAUGUUAUUGGAAAAAUAUUGAUUUAAAAUCGAUAAUCAAAUCGUGUGAUGCCCAAAUAUUCACAGCCCUAAUGUGUAUAUGUGUGUGUGUGUGUGUGUGUGUAU